UUACCUUGGGUGAUGUGGAGCCACAAAACACCGAAACAGCAAGUUGUGAAGCAGCAGUUCACCAUGGAAUUGAAGAGAUUUCCUGCAGAAAAAAUGACCACAAUUAAUCCUAAGAAUAUUCAACACAACAAAUUAACACUGAAAUACUCCUUUAAAUUGCCGGGCUGUUCGUCUGGAUAUUACAUGGGUUCAGCAGAGGAAGUUAGCAACAAGCAUUUCUACAGGUUUCCAAAACAACCUCGAGUAUUGCUUCUGAAGUGGAAAAGUGUUUGUAAAUUGUCAUCUGUUGUGAACUGUGCUACUUAUUUUGUUUGUGAAGAUCAUUCUUUCAAAGAUUUUAUGAAUAAAACUAAGCGUAGGCUAAACAGGGCUGUGUUUCUAAAACGUGGCAGGUGUUCCUUGUGAAAUUGCUAAUGUCAUCAGUGAAUCAGAUGAAACUGUUGUUAAUGGUGAAAUUUUUAUCGCGUGCUUAAGUAAGUUUUGUUUUCAUUUCAUUGUUUUUAUCCAUCUUUCCUAUUUUUUGUUCUUAAUAUUGAUGUCUUCUUUUUUGUGUUGAAGCAUUUACAGUCGUAAGAUGUAGGAACAUUUUUCAAGAAAUUAAUGAUCAGUAGUGCAAGUUUAUUGGGCAAUUACUCAGAAACUACAGUCCUGACAAAUAGUUGCAACAAAUUUUAGAAUUCUUCAUUAAUUAAUACUUUGGUACAGAUUUAAUUGUCAAUUAUUCUCUUAACAAUAGGUCUCUUUUUCUAUAUUGACCCUGCAGCUUGUAAGACGUCAAAGUAUGACAUUAUUUAGGAAUAUUUGUAGUUGCUACAAUUUUUAUAUAGCCUGUGAUAAUUAUUGUGAUAACCAAAACCAACUGCGGGAAUGACUCGGGCUGUGGA